CAGAGCGAUCGCAACUGAAGACAUUUAAUUCUUUUUUGAUACCGAACAAAUUCGUUGCAAAGUUUAAACGAACGUACACAGACCGACCGACAGUCACACGCCGUAAUCUCGUUGACUCGAUGAAGACUUAGACGUACAAUAGUCGGCAAGAGUGGCGAUCGUUGAACGAUCGCUUGUAAUAUCAAUUUUGCGCAGGGCGUUCCUGCAUUACAUUUACAAAAGAUUGACCAAGAGGUUUUUUUGGUGCGCUUGAGUUUCCAACAGCUACUUUCUGAUCCAGUGUUCAGCAGCAAAUACCGCCCGAUCAAGUGCAUGGAAUAACGUAUAAAACGGAAGAACCUGGUCGCGUAACGAACGUCCACGUUAAAAUUGUUGACUGCGUUUUUGAUGAUUUUGACCACGGUUUGAUGGACGUCCUUCGGAGGAUAACAGCAUAACGACUACAGCAGACGUCAUUCACCACCCAUCAACCUACGGCCGGGUGUUCAACGCAAAUUCAAACAAACUAGGCUGGCCCUAGUGUUAGAGCCAGUAACAAGGAAGGCAAGAAAGCAAGGAGACAGCCAGUUAUUUGGUACAGUUUUUCAUUUUGUUUCGAAAAGCAUUACUACACGGAUUGUAACGAAAAGCAGCAAAGUUAUUGACACGACAAGACAACGUCGUUUGGGCGAUACGCAAGUUUAAUUUGACCGCGCGGAAGGCCGGGAACAGCCGUGCGUUUAACCCGGGGGACGGAGGAACAAUGAUGGCAUCGUGCUCGUCCUUCGGCAGGCACAUCUUCCUGAACGGUGGACCGCCGAGCGAAACGACGAGUGAAAUCUCGUCGGUCGAGAGUGACUGGGGCGAUCUGCGAUCCAUCGCGGCCCAGCUCGGUGUCGCCAAUCCGGACGAUCUGCAUGUCGAGCGGUUCAAGGUGGACCGACAGAAGCUGGAGGACAUGAUAAAGGUGGAAACAUAUUCAGAGGGAAUGAAUAGUGCCGAGGAAUUCUUCACGAAUGUCAUGAAGGAAACCACCACCUACGUUAGCUGGCCCUGCCGGUUGAAGAUUGGCGCGAAGACGAAGAAAGAUCCUCACAUCAGGAUCGUCGGUAAGAUGACGGAUGUACUGCGCGCGAAGGAUAAAGUCAUGAGCCGGCUCGACUCCAGGGGAAGCCGUGUCAUCAUGAAGAUGGACGUAUCGUACACGGAUCACUCGUUCAUCAUCGGGCGCGGUGGGAACAACAUCAAGAAGAUUAUGGAGGAGACGGCGACGCACAUCCACUUCCCGGACUCGAACCGCUCGAACCCGACCGAGAAGAGCAACCAGGUGUCCAUGUGCGGCAGCAUCGAGGGAGUCGAACGGGCACGAUCACUCGUGCGCCACUCGACCCCGCUACUGAUUUCAUUCGAGUUGCCCAUCCUGGCUCCGGGCAAGACGCCUCCGGACAACGAUACACCGUACGUGAAGGAGGUCGAAGCAGAGUACGGCGUCCAGGUGAUCUUUUCCACCCGGCCCAAGUUGCACUCCUCGCUGGUGCUGGUAAAGGGCUCGGAAAAGGAAGAGCAGAUGGUGAAGGAGGCCACCAGGAGGCUAAUGGAUCUGAUGUGUGAGAACAUGGCGAAUCAAAUACCGGUCCAGAUGCAGCUGGAAAUCUCGACCCAGCACCAUCCGAUCGUGCUUGGGCGGGCAUCGAGCAAUUUGCGGGAAAUUAUGAACCGAACUGGAACGCAGAUAAUGUUCCCGGACGCAAACGAUGUGAACAUCAAGCCAAUCAAGCGUUCCCAGGUGACCAUUACCGGUACGAUUACCGGUGUCUAUCUGGCGAGGCAGCAGUUGAUUGGAAGUCUACCGAUCGCGCUCAUCUUCGACUAUCCGGACAACACGGUCGAUUCGGAGGAAAUCACCAAGCUGAUGCUGACGCACGACGUGUUCAUCUCGGUGCGCCAGAAGUCUCGCCAGAGUACACUCUGCAUUGUUAUCAAGGGCAUCGAGAAGUUCAUUGCGAAUAUUUACGAGGCGCGCCACCAGCUGCUGAAGUCGACCGGACCGCGAGUGAUCGCUGAGGUACCCCGGACGUACUUCGGACCCACCGAACACCCACAGCAGACGUCCCAAAACAUCUCGGCAUUGCUGGCCGGGCCCGUCGCACCACCGUUCUCGCCCCUUUCGCCCAUCAAUUCUAUGCCGUUUGUUGGCUGGCCGUCGCCAAGCCCGGCACCGCUCGGGCCGUCGACCGAGUUCGCGUUCAGUCACAUGCGCGGCCAGUUCCAAAACUUCCACAUGGCUAAACCGACGUCGGCCCAUUCGCAGCUUCACCCGUUGUCGAUUCCACCGGGGCUGGAUAGGGCGUUGGUUGGAGGGUCCGGGAAUAAACCGUCGUUGCAUUUACCCAAUCCGCAUCUUCUGUCGGUCCCACCAGGACAUGGUGGUGGUGGAGGUGGCGGAGGCGGUGGAUUCCUUCAUCAUCAACAACAUCAGUCUCAACUUCAUCAGCAGCAGCAACAGCAUCAUCAUCACCAUCAGCAGCAGCAGUACUCACUCCAUCAACGAAACACGCAGCAACAUCAGCAAACCUCGAGCGGAAACGUAGGUAAUCUCUCGAGCUCGACCACACUCACCGCCGGCAGUCAGAACAACAGCCACAACGACAUCCACUCCAGUGGAUAUCAGAGUCUGAACUGCUCCGGCAGCAGCUCGCUGGAUCAGCCCUUUCAGGCGAACUCGUCGACAGCCGGUUCGUUGUCGGCGGUUUCAUCCACUUCGCUCAUCAAUGGCUCGCCUGAUCACCAGAGUCCGAGUGUGUCCGGAGCCGGUGGGUUGGGUCGUUGCCGGCACGUCACCUGUACGCCCGAGAGCCCCCAGUUCCCAUCGGACGUCGAACAACGGACUCCACUGGCAUUCGAUCAGAAGCAUUCGAUUAACGAGACGUUUUUGUUUAACCUGGACCCGCGAGUUGUGGCCGGAUACAAAGCGAUGCACAUGUCACCGCAGCAGGGUGAAAUACGCACACCGACACUUUCGUGGCAGGGUUUGGGCUUGAGUCAGUCGACACCGGCCCCGCUCGAGGGGUGCGAUCUAAGUUGGGGCAACUCGUCGUCUUCAAGCAGCGGUGGGGGUGGCGUCGGCAGUGGGGCUGCCAAUGUCAGCACGAGCAGCAGCUCCAGCAGUGGACACAAUGACUCGAGUCGCCACAAUAUGACGACCACCAUGAUCGAGGUGACGCCACGACAUCAGCGCGAGCAGAUGGCCCAGUACAAUGACGUCACGACUAUCCUGACCGGGCUUGGGCUGGAGCACUACAUCAAGAACUUCAUCAACGGCGAGAUCGAUAUGACCGUCUUCCAGACGCUCACCGACCAGGAUCUGCUUAAUCUGGAUAUCAAGCCGCUUGGGGCACGUCGCCGAAUACUGAUGGCCAUCCACGACCUGUGCGCUCGCCAGGGCAAUGGGCUUUUCGGUGGCUCAGCCCUCUCUCCAUCGGCGCUGCCGUCAUCGUUAUCCCGUUUUUCCGGGUCCGCCGCACCCGGCGCGGAACGACGCAGCUCCAGUGGACAGUAGACGUGAGCUGCUCGAACCCAACGAGAUGGAGACGCGACCGUGACGAUGCUGAUGUCUUGUGAUAUAACUCCGGCUCCAGCACGAUUCGGAACAACAAACAUGCAUGGAAUGAAGGCGUUCGAUACCUCCCUUUUCUUCGAAGGGAAGAACUGGUGGUGCUUUGGUGCCUAUAGAUUGUAUAUAAUUCCCGCACCCCGGAAAUGAAGGGGAAAAUUAAUUAAACUCUCGUUUAAUUAAUCGUUUCCUUGCAACAUUUCCGCCAACGCUUACAGUGGCCUGUCACUGGGGCCCUGAUCCGGCGAUAAUUGGAGCAUUGAAUCUCGUGCCACACGGACUCUUGGUGGAUUCUUCGAAAGCAAAAUAAAAGCAUUGACUGCACUUCUAUGCACACUGCAUCGAUGCUUCCGAGUCCGGAAUCGGAAGCACACGUCACGCCGUACAUGACGCAGCCGUUGCUCAACUGUCGCAUCUGUGUCGGAUCAAGUGGAAGCGGAAAAUUGUCCAUCGAGCCAACAAAAGAGACCGCACGGCAUGAGGGGUACUAUGUCGCACACGAUGCCGACCCGAUUUGCUUCGGUUCAAUUGUAGAUUGUGCGAAAUAUCCCGGCCGGACGGGCAAUCUGUCGCAAGACGGCCACUGGACCGCCACUGCGGACCGAAAAGUGGACCAAAUGAGACGAAAGACCGCAGAACGAGCACAGAAGGCACGCGGAAACAGGAAGCCAAGAAGUGGCGAGUCCCGAGCACGCCCAGUACGGACACGGACCCAAAUGCUACCAGCUCGGCGUGCAUCUCGCCUACCAACCGGCGGGCGAAGUGCAGCAGUACAAUAAUUGCAAUUAAAUGGAACUGCAAAAUCCGCCCUUAAUCCUGUUUGGAAAGUGGUGGCCACCAGCCAGGCUGCAACCCGGUGCUACGCUUUCUUUUUUCUUCCAACGGAAAAAAGAGAACCAACGCUUUUAAAAAGGACACAAACUGACGUGCGGACAUCCAAGUUUCUCAAACAACGAUACUACAUUCGACUAGGACAAACGUAAGACAGUGAGGUUAAAUCCGCCAAGAGAGACAUGUGUUCAACUGUGAGCUUACAAACAUUCUAAAGCCAAUGCCCUCCCCUGAAUCCAUUAUCGAAUCGAACCUUCCCUUUCCUGCAAACCCAAAAUGACGUCAUAAACGUCAACAGUGCAUCAGUCGCGAAGAGAUUUAAUCGUUGUCUCCAUCUCAGCAAGCCUUUCGCAUGGACUCC